AUGGAGGAAGAUCGGAUAAAACUCGAUCGACGUUUUGAUUGGGUUGGCCCGUCGGAUCGGAUAUCAAAAAUACGACCUAUCAAAUUACGACGAGUGGACAAUGAAACGAAAUUGGAAACAGAGUAUCGGGAAGAACGCGAGAAGUUGAAUAGAUGGUGUUCCGCUUUUUGGGCGCAACAAAAUACGAUCUUUGACCGGGAGAAAGCGAAGUUUGUUGAAAAGAAGAAAGCCGAAAUUGGAAGAAUUGAGCAAAUUUCGGCCUCUGAUCUUUCCGCUUUUUACAAGACAUUUCUGGACACACGGCAUAAUGCUUUAAUGGAUUUUAACCGAGAAUGGUACAAACGAAAUUUGGGACUAAUUUGGCCAGCACUUCGCGUGAAUCUAAUUCGAUUGACACGGGUUCUCAGGAGAAGA